GUUUUGUACCUAUUCUCAGACCUUCCUUUUGGCCUCUACACUUGAUAAAUAUCUCAUGUCAUUUCUUUGAUUUCUCAGAAUUGUAAGUUUUUUUUUCUUUCCUUUCAAGAGUCAGAUUUGAAGCAAAAAAAAGAAGAAGAAAAUGAAGAGUAAAGUUGUUGUUGAAGAUGCAUUUGUUUACAGUGAAGAGACGAAUCUUACUGUUCUUAAAACUUCUCUUUUCUUCACCGGCGAUGGGUUCACUGCCUACGACAGCAAAGGCCAGGUAUUCUUCCGAGUCGACUCGUACGGUCGCGAUUCUCAUGACCUUACUGAGCUCGUUCUCAUGGACGCUACUGGAAGAUGCCUUCUCACUGUCCGCCGUAAGAGGCCGAGUUUGCAUAACAGGUGGGAAGGUUAUUUAGGGGAAGGAGAAGAAGGGCAAAAGCCGAUAUUCAGCGUGCGUAGAUCUUCAAUAAUCGGAAGAUCUAACGUGACGGUGGAGGUAUACAGCAAUCCACCGGAAGAGUAUCAGAUCGAAGGAUCAUUUGCACAGAGAAACUGCACAUUCUUCAACGCCGACAAGGUAUCGGUGGCUGAGAUUCGACGGAAAGUGGAUGCUUGUGCUCAUGUGGUGCUUGGAAAGGACGUUUUCUCACUCUCAAUAAAGCCUGGCUUUGAUAGUGCCUUCGCCAUGGGAUUAGUUCUCGUGCUUGAUCAAAUCCAAGCUGAUGAUUUUUCUGAUAAUCGGAUCGAUGCCGACCCAAUUUCCGAUGAUACCAAUAUUUCUUCUUAAUCUUUCACUCCUUGUCACUAUUUUAUAAAAGAGUUUUGAAUUAUGUAUAAGAUUUUGCUGUAUAAUUUUAAACUCUUUGUAAAAUUAUUCUGUUCCUUUAUCACUUUAAUGUAAAAAAAGCCAUCCUACUAACUGAAGCAAAGUAUAAUAUUUCCCCUGUAUUAAAGAAAAGAAUCUGGGAUUAUUCUCCAUUUUAAAUACACCAUGGUGGCAAGAGAUAAAUUUAAGAUUCAAA